UGUGGUGGGUGAUUCUGUAAUGGCGUUCUUCGUUUGUGGAAAGAGAGUCGGACCGAAAUGCAGCGUAGUGGUUACUCAUGUCUUUAAUGAAAGGAAAAAAGCGAUACAUGAAAUAACUAUACAAAUACGAAAACAACAAACAGAACGUGAAACCUAUUACAGCCUAUCUGGUGAAACGACACAGAGACAGGAACAAUCACCCACAAAAUACACAGCGAAACCAGGCUACCUAAAGACGGUUCCCAAUCAGAGACAACGAGAAUCACCUGACUCUGAUUGAGAACCGCCUCAGGCAGCCAAGCCCAUACAACACCCGUACUCAGCCGCAAUCCCAAUAAUACAAAAACCCCAAUACGAAAUACAACAACAUAAACCCAUGUCACACCCUGGCCUGACCAAAAAUAUAACGAAAACACAAAAUACAAUGACCAAGGCGUGACAGAUAAGCAGUAUAUUACAUUUAAGAACAUAUGUAUUCUGUACAAUAAUUUAGUGUAUAAUAUAUAUCAGAUUAUACAAUAAUCUAAUGAAAUAAGCAUAUAUACUGCAUGUAUGUUUGUAUCAAUAUUUGACAUAGAUGCUGCAGUUAUUAAAGAAAGGGUGAAAUCAGCCCCUGCAAAGAAAGAAGCUGACAUUCACAAAGAAAACGCCAAAGCAGCUUCAUCAAAGAAAGUGUCCAAGGAAACUAAGGAACAAGCCAUACCAGAGCCUUCAAAAGAAGAUGCUGAAGCAAAAGAAAAGGCCAAAUUAACUCCAGAAAAGAAAGAUGCUGCAGUUAUUAAAGAAAAGGUCAAAUCAGCCCCUGCAAAGAAAGAGUCCAAGGAAACUAAGGAACAAGCCAAACCAGAGCCUUCAAAAGAAGACAGUGAAAGUCCCAAAGAACAGACCAAAGCAGCGUCAUCAAAGAAAGAUGCUGAAGCAAAAGAAAAGGAGAAAUUAACUCCAGAAAAGAAAGGUAUGAAAUGAUUUUUGAAUUGUUCUUUUUCUGUUUAUUCAAAUAAUAAGUAAGCAGCCUAUGUAUCCAUUUCAUGCUAUUUACAAAACAUUCAAUAAGUUAUUAUUGUAAGGACUGUUGUACGUGAACUUUGAAGCUGAAGUUUCCAAAGAAAAGCCAAAGUAACUCCUUCAAAUGAAGGUAACAGAAUGUAUUGAUUUUUAUCACUACCAAUAUAAUAUUUUUUUAUACAUUUAUUUCACCAGGCAAUUCAGUUAAGAACAAAUUCUUAUUAUCAAUGACGGCCUAGGAACAGUGGGUUAACUGCCUGUUCAGGGGCAGAGCGACAGA